GCGGUCCGGAUUCUCCGUGGCCGAGAGAUUUGUUCCUGCGUUUCUGUGGGGAGAGCUGAGAGGCAGGAGAGGGGCCUUUGGGGACCGCAGUACCUUCGCUGAAGCCCCAACGGGCAGAUUCACCUGUCACAGGUGUGGAGGAGCAUGCGAGAUGCGGGCCGCUGCCGAGGCAUCCUGGCCGCGCUGGUCGUCCUGGCUGGGCUGGCAGCUUGUGGAUCCAGCAAUGAAAUCAUAGAGGGUCCCAAGAACGUCACGGCACUGAAGGGCUCGGAGGCUCGCUUCAACUGCACCAUCUCGCAGGGCUGGAAGCUCAUCAUGUGGGCUCUGAAAGGCACGGUGGUUCUGAGCGUCACACCCACGGAGCCCAUCAUCACCAACGACCGCUUCACCGCCAUGAGUUAUGAAGAGGGCGGUAACUUCAUCUCUGAGAUGAUAAUCCACGACGUACAACUCAGUGAUGCAGGGCAAAUCAAAUGCAGCCUCCAGAACAGUGACCGGGAUGGAUCUGCCUUUCUUUCUGUCCAAGUUAUGGGGCGGUUGUUCAUUCCUGAAGGCAGUCUAGUAGUCAUGGAGGAUAAGCCUUGUAAUGUGACUUGCCGCGCAUUGGGCUGGACCCCACUCCCACGUCUUUCCUGGGAGAUUGGGGUUCCGGUGAGCCAUUCGAGCUAUUACUCCGUCCGGGAGCCUGAGGACCUUCAAAGUGCAGUGAGCGUUCUGGCUCUGACGCCGCAGGGCAAUGGCACUGUGACGUGUGUGGCUGAGAUGAAGCGGCUGCAUGUCCACGAGUCUGUAACUGUAAAUCUUACUGUGGUUCAGCCUCCCUUGGACAGUAUUGAUAAACCAGGUACAACAUUGCCUGCCUGGGCCAUAGUUCUACUUGCAGUAUCAUUGUCAUUGCUUUUGAUCCUGAUCAUUGUUCUGAUUAUAAUAUUCUGCUGCUGUGUCUCCAGGAGAGAGAAAGAAGAAUCUAGCUAUCAAAGUGAAAUAAGUCACUCCCUGGUGAUAACGUGGUUCGCUUUCUCUGAGGAUGCCACAAAGCAGAAAUCUGAAAAUGCACCUCCUUUGGGGCCUGACUUGGGGCAAGAGGAGAGGAAGGAAAACUGACCUCUGUAAUUAUACUGGAAUUUCUCUCAACUGCUAUCACCAGCAGGGUGGCGGUCUGAAUUCUUCUGUUCGUCAUUAUUGACUGUGUAAUGUCAAUUCUAUUCUCUGGGAUCUUAGGUGAUUUCAAAACGUGGUACAGUGAUCAACAGCUAUUCAAGGCAAUGGGUAGAGAACAGCAAUAACAAUGGCAAUAAUAAUCAUGAUACAAGUAGCGACAGUAAGAGCUAGCAUGAGUGCCUAGCAUGCGUGUCAGGCUAUUUUACACUUGGUGGAGGUUAUCUUCCUGAAUUCUCCCAAUGAUUUUAUGAGACUGUUUUUCCAUUUUGUAGAUGAAGAAGAUGAGGGGUAUAGGGAGGUUAAGUAAUGUGCUCAGUAUCUCCUGUCCAGAGAAUGGAAGGGUCUGAAUGUGAACCAGCUGACCUUGCUCAGGGCCUGAGCUCUUGUCCGUGUGCAGCUCUUACCCUUAGAUCCAAGUGCAUUGGGCCCAGGGAAGAAAAAUGGGGCAGCUCACUGGGGCCCCUGUGUUGUACCUGUUUCCCCUCCCACUGGGUCAACAGUGCUAACUCUAGCUGCUCACAGAUUUCUACUGCAUUAAAAGAACAUAUAUAUAUAUAUUUCGUAUAUAUAUUUUUCCUAUAGGAUCAAUGCAUACUUAUUUUAGAAAAAAGUUUUUAAGUAAAGAUAGUUUAUAAAAAAUGGUUUUAAAAUCACCCCUAAUUCUAUUGCCCAGAAGUAACUGUUACCUAAGUACAUAUAUAUUUACACAUAUGUGUGUUCACCAAGAUACACACACGUAUAUGUUCUGUGAAAUUUGGAUCAUAAUAAACAUCAUUUAAUAUCUUUCUCUCCUCACUUGACACUAUUCUGAAGAUUAUUUCUGUUGACAAAUACUUGCCUGCAAUGUUUUUGUUUCAUUUGCUUAAUAAAGUUUUUUAUUAAAAUAUAACUAUAGAAAAGUACACAAAUCGUGAGUACGUAGCUUGAUUAAUUUUCAUAAAGCACGUGGACCUGGACUGCUGACGCAGAACUAGGACACCCCCAGGACCCCAGCCCCUACUCAGGCCUCCAUGAAAUCAUCUGCUGCCUCUUCCUCAAAGGUCAUGUCUUCUGACAUCUAUCCCCACAUCCCCAGAAGUUAGAGUUGUAUAAACUUGAUAUAAAUGAAGUCAUGUGAUAUGUCUGCCUUCUUGAACUUCAGGCUGUGAGAUCAAUCAUAUUAUUGAAUGUAGAUGUCAGUGGUUUCUUACUAUAUAAUACCAAGUAAGGGGUAUAUAAGCAGUUGAUUUUUCCAUUUUACACUUAAAGGGCAUUUGGGACCGUGACGAACAUUACUGCAAUAAGCGAUCUUGUGUGUGUCUUUUGGUGACAUGUAUACCAGUCCUCAUUCCUGUUUUGUAUUCUGUUGGGUAGAAUCUAUUAGUGCAAGCUGGGUCAUAGGACAGGUAUGUGUUCAGCUUUAGAUGAUGUUACCAUACAAUUUUCAAAGUACGUCUAGCAGUUUACACUUCUACCAGCAGUGUAGGAGAGUUCUCACCUGUAAUAACUUUUACAGGUGGCAUGGAAUUCCACUUUAGAGAUGCAUUGUCAUUUAUUUUACUAGUUCCCUACCUAUGGCUGGGCACCUGUGUUUGCACUUUUGCUAGUAUAAAUAGCUCAUGAAUGAACAUUCUUUCAGAUAAAUCUUUGCACAUACCCUUGUGUAUUUCCCUUGCUUAUUAUAAUCAAUUCUUAGUGGUUAAGCAUAAAUAUUUAAAAAUCUUUGGGUAUCCAUUGCCAAACUUCUUUCCGCUGGGAAGCUGCACCAAGUUCUGCUUUAUUUCAGAGGCAGGCAUACUUCUUCUAUCAAGGACCAGAUGGUGAAACUUUGGGGUUUUGGGGGCCACGUGCUCUCUGUUACAACUACUCAACUCUGCUGCUGUAACAGGAAAGCAGCCAUAGACAAUAUGGAAGCAGAUGGGUUCCAGUAAAACUUUAUUUAAAAAAACAGACAGGGAGCUGGAUUUGGCCUGUGGGUCAUAGCUGGCCAGCCCUGCUUUAUCUGGUCACUGGUGUCUGAGAGUUGAGUACCAACCACCAGGGGACUGGAGUCUAUGGACCUAUUAUGAUAAAGUUCCAUUUCUCCCCGUAAGAGGAGUGUGCGAGACACAGGGCGUCUACACAGCCGUGCUGGUGGCUGUGAGGGUACAUCCCGUUGCUAGCCACCCUCCAGAGGCCAGUGCCUGAGCGUCGGCCUCGUGGUGAGUUCAUCGUGUGUGAACGCUCUGGGUGGAGUCGUGAGACACGAGCAGCCAUUGCUGAUUAACAUUUGGC